CCAGCCUGAGAGCCACUGUGAGUGGGGAAAGAUUUCAAGGAACGGAAAUGAUGGUUUAUUCUAUACAGAGUUCAUUACGCAAAAUUCAGUCCAAGUGACUUGGUAGUGUAUUAACAAGGUUAUAACAACUUUGAUACCCAUUCUUACAACUACUUCAUGUUCAUCUCACCACAAUUAUUCCAAUGAGACAUAGAUUUGAGAUGCAGUCAACCAGUAAAAUGAGAAGGGGGCGCAUCAUUUAACGCCUACACAUAUACAUAAAGACGUGAGGGAGACAUAAUCAAACUGACAAGCACCCCCUCGAAACGAAACCCACACACUUUGGACGGAGUAAAUUGGCACAGCAUUUGGAGACUCCAGUGCACGAGUCUGUGGAGGAGAGCGAGCACCGGCCGGAUUACAGGAGACAGUUAGAAGGCAGCAGAGGACAACAAAGGAUUCAAAAACAAAAGAGGAAAACAACUAUAAAGAUAUGCAAAAAUGUGUGAUUAAUGUUAAAGGAACAAGAGAGUGGAAACUGAACAGGAUAGAACUAUUGCCGAAAGGCAAGGCGUACAACAGAGAGUCCCGGGGUUACACAUCCUUCCUUCCAAAGAGUGCGUGGACUAUUCAGAAUUGAGGUUACAAUCGGAUCAGAAGUGGAUCGAAACAACAAGCAAGCUGCACAACAGAAUAACUUGUUGUCUUUAAGUGGUCUUCACCGGUGGAUGCCGUCCAUGCACACAUUGACAGUUGCCAUGCCGAUACGAAAUCUUUGCAGUAGACUACUUGCCAGGGCGGAGUCCAGCCUCCCACCUCAAUUAUAGACCUACUGACCACCUGAUGAUCACUGGUGCCAAUGAGAACAGCACGGGCCAACAGGUACAGCUUCGCAGCAACAGAUGAGGAGGGCCUGAAAAUCUCCACACUUGGGCUCCACAACGGCCACAGCUCGCCAAAUAGCCGGUUCCCCUCCCCUAGUGGCACAUCCGGAGGAGAUAGGAUAUCAGGAGCCACAGGUCGUAGGAUGAACAAUUACAACGGAAAGAUCUCUACUACAGGAUCGAGCCAACUAAGAAGUCGCUUCGUGAAGAAAAAUGGGCAUUGCAACGUGGUGUUCUCUAACAUGGAGGAGAAAUCACAACGUUACCUGGCCGACAUCUUUACCACCUGCGUGGACAUCCGCUGGAGAUACUUACUACUCCUCUUCUGCUCGACCUUCCUGUCCUCCUGGAUGUUUUUUGGAAUAAUCUUCUAUUCAGUUUCCAGAGCCCAUGGGGAUUUUGAUGAGCACCCUGGAAUGAGUUCCUCUUCGGGGUUGGAAGGGAAUGGGCUUGGGGUUGGUGAAGUUGAAGGGGUGCAGAAAACGUGGCAGCCAUGCCUCCUUCAUGUGGAGGGCUUCGUCGGAGCCUUCCUAUUCUCCGUCGAGACCCAGACCACCAUUGGUUAUGGGUGGCGCUGUGUCACUGAGGAGUGCCCUGUGGCAGUGAUCACAGUGGUGGUCCAGUCCAUAGUGGGCUGCAUCAUUGACUCCUUCAUGCUUGGCACAAUCAUGGUCAAAAUGGCACGCCCUAAGAAGAGGAACCAGACCCUGCUGUUCUCGAAAACCGCUGUGAUUUCCCUGCGCGAUGGCAAGCUGUGCCUCAUGUGGCGGGUGGGUAACCUGCGCAGGAGCCACAUCGUAGAGGCCCAUGUGCGGGCACAGCUCAUUCGACCCUACGUCACGGCAGAGGGAGAGUUUAUCCCUCUGGAGCAGAGGGAUCUCAACGUAGGCUACGACGAAGGCAUUGACCGUCUCUUCCUGGUUUCUCCUCUGGUUAUCGUCCAUGAGAUCGACGAGGACAGCCCCCUGUACACUGUGAGCCGGGCUGAUCUGGAGUCUGAUGACUUUGAGAUCGUAGUGAUCUUGGAGGGCAUGGUGGAGGCCACCGCCAUGACCACCCAGGCCCGCAGCUCCUAUCUGGCCAAGGAGAUCCUAUGGGGGCAUAGGUUUGAGCCUGUGAUCUUUGAGGACCGAACCAAGUAUCAGGUGGACUAUUCUCGCUUCCACAAGACCUACGAGGUGCCCUCCACACCCCACUGCAGCGCCAAGGAGCUCAGUGAGACGGCCAGCCGGCCUGCCUCAUCCGCCUCCUCCCACUCACUAUUCCCAACCAGCCCCAGAAUCACCCAGCACCUCGUAACCCCCCACUCCCCCAGCGCCUUCUGCUAUGAGAAUGAGGUAGCACUGAGCUGUGGAGAGGACGAGGAUGAACUGGAUAGGCAAAAGGGAAAAGACAGGGAGGAGGACAGGAGGAAUUCAGUUUCUGUAGACUUUCAUAAUUUGUUUCAGGACACAGCCACAAUGACAUCCGGCAGCAGCAUGCUGUGUGUUUUGGACAAUCAGAUGGAUUUUGACAUUCUACAGACGACCAUUACUCGUGAGCCACUGACAUAUAAAAGUGAGUCGGGAAUCUGAGGCAAAGGGAUGGCAUCCUCAUACCCUUCCCAACCCCUCCAUUCACAUAUACCGAUCUGUAGGUCUUGAAGAGAGGUCUUCCUUUUUGUAUUUUGCACGUUUUGCUCUGGAUUUAGUACUAGAUCUACACCCCUUUCGCCUUGCCAGCAUUAUUUUGUACUUUAACCUGAGCCCAUGUUUUUGUUUGUGGAGAGAACCAAAUGGGAGGCUGAAUUAGUGGUUCUACUCUGCACACUUCACCCAUACGUGCACCUCAGUUGGGCUGUGCGACAGUCACCUAGACAGAUAAUUACACAUGAGAUUGUAUGAACGGGCGACUCUCUUAACGAGGUAAUGGGAAAGGAACAGCAAGAGAUGGUCAGUGCCAGCAGAGAGCUGAGGAUGAGACAAAUAAUGACUUGUUUGAGACUUGUGCAAUGAAGGAUAAACAGACAUUUGACCAAAGGAGGACUUCUGCUACAGAAACUGUCUCAGGAGGAAAUGUGCAGGGAAGACACCCAGAAUAUUUGAGUAACAUUCAAGUAGGUAGGUAUGUUUAUCUACACAGUCUUAUUGUGUAGUUUGUUUCAUUUGGACAUGAUACGUGCUAUUUUGAUGCGUAAUCAACCUCCAGUGUUCUGUAAAGAUAACAUGACUGGUGAUAUGAAUCAUACUUGGGUUCUAAUACUAUAUCAACAGGGUAGUUUGCUGCUUUCUACUAUUUGCACUAUUGUUCGCCAGACAAGUUUUCCUCUGAGCCUCUUUUCUCCCUAAUUUACUCAUUUACACACAUUGUUUUCAUAGUGUCUUUAGCAUAGAUCAAUGACUCAUGUAUCGGUUGUUACAGUGCGUAGUAACAACAAUACACUGACCAACGCAAUCAUUGAAUAAUCAUAGCGAAGGGACUUAUUGUCUAAAAUCCAGUUCUUCAUUUGCUGGAGAAAAGAACUAGGUGUUUUCAUUCUCCAGAAUCAGGUAGUUUUUUUCUCACAUUUUUUAUUAAAGGCCUGUUUUCCGUGUUGCAAAAGGAGCAGGAAUGUGACAUAAUGGAAAGUCCCUCUCUUCAGUGUAUAUCAGUAGAGAACUUGUCAUCAUGAGUUACUUAUCUGGUCUCUCCUGUCACCUUAAAAAGGCGUUUCCCGAUAGACACCUUUAGGAGAAUCAUCUGAAUGCUGUCGUCCUUACAACGUGAGAUCUCAUAAAGGUUGAUUCUAGAGAGACUGAAUAGAGAGACACCUUUAGGGGAAUCAUCUGAAAGCUGUCGUCCUUACAACGUGAGAUCUCAUAAAGGUUGAUUCUAGAGAGACUGAAUAGAGAGACAUCUUUGUAUAUUCCAAAGUGUCUAUAUUUCAUCUCUUUCCCACUAAGUCAAAUAUAAACAACGCUGUCUUGUUUGUUGGCAUAUGGUUUGUGUAUGAAAUGACUCAAAUACUUUUUCUGGCCCUUCUCAUGCACCGUAGCUCCUAUUGUGUGUAGUUGUCUGAAUGAUGCACAUGUCCCUUGUCUGUCUCCUGCACUACACUGCACCUGUUUGUCUCUUAUCUUUUUACAACAACAUCUGGUUCUUGAGUAACUUUUGCCAUUUUUACAUCUGCAAAAUUGUUUCUGAAGAUUAUAUAAACUUGAAUGUGUGUGUGUGCCUGUGCCUGUGCGUGUGUGUGAGAGAGAGAGAGAGAGAGAGAGAGAGAGAGAGAGAGAGAGAGAGAGAGAGAGAGAGAGAGA